AAUAAUUAUCGCGCCAUUUUUCUCGACCCAAGGAAAACAGUGCAUUCGUUCAAGUGGUUCUAAUGGAUAAUUCGCGAGAUAAUACAGUUAUUAGUCAAUUUACUAAAAAUUAAAAAGGCACAAUUUACCCAAUUACAUUUUACUCCAAACCACAACAACUAAUCUACAUGCUCGAAUCUACGAACUCGCGUUGUAUACGUCAACGUGGCAUGUUUUUGUGUGUUUUUCAAACGGUCAAUUAGAAAAAUGCCUAAAGGAAAGAACGCGAAAAAGGCCGCCAAAAAGGCGGCGGCGAUGCGCCAGCAAUUCAAAGACUACUUCGAACGGGAACGCACCUACGGGCUGCUAUCGAUCGCCAGGCGCGAGAAGGAAUGGAAGAAGAUGCUGAUGAAAAUCUCCGUGCCCCACAUGCGGGAGGAGCUCGACUUCGCUUGGAUCAGCUUCGAACGCGCCAUGGACAACAAGGACAUGGAAAUCACCCUGCUCCUGGAGGAGCUCAACCGCACCGAGGAGCAGCUGAACAUGAACUUCAAAAACCACUUGGACCACAUCGACGAGUUCAUUGCCACGUUCCAAGCCACCACGAACCAGCUGAAGACGGAUUUCAACAACAACAUAACGGAGCUCGAAAAGAGCAUGGACGACAACUUCGGAGGCAUCUACGAGAUCUGGAAGGAAGACGAGAUCUACUUGAAGACGGUCAUCUACAUACUGGGCAUGGUGAAGAAAGAACAAAGAGAAACGAUUUUAGCGGAUUUCUACAACAAGCUCGAGCAGCUGGAGACGAAGAACGCCCAAAAAUUGCAGCGAAUUCGAUCCUUUUUGACCGACACUCACUUAGCCCUGGAAGCAGAGUCCGAGAAGCUGCUUAGCGAGUACCAGCAAAACCUGUCCAAACGACGGGUGUACUACGAAAACUUAAAGCACCAGGACGACAUUCUGAAGAAGAACCUCGAGGCGCAGAUUCAGAAACUCCAGGAGAUGUACGAUACUUCGAAGAUUCUCAAGCGGAAGCUCUUCGAUUGCCAGAGCUACUUGGGCAGGAGAGUGUCCGAUUUGGAGAACGAAUGGCAGUUCUUCAACAACGCCUACACCCUCCUGAAGCGCAAGCUGGCGAACGACCGGCAAUUGGACGCUCGAAAGCUCCAAGUGCUCACCGUCUCCUUCACGGAGACGGCGCAGAUCCUCGAGAAGAUCAAGCACAAGGGCGAGCACUUGCUCAAAUUGGCCGCGGUGUGUCGCAAACUGGAAACGCAAGAAGAGAAAAUCCUGCCGUUCCCUUGCGAGAACAUCGGCGGGUUCCACAAGACCAUCAACGUCGAAGAGGAGGUGUACAUCAAGGAGAUGGAGCUGUUUUGGGGGAAGGUCGCCCAAGCGGAGGCGUCCAGGGACGCCCUGAUGGAGGAGCGGAAUUUCCUGCUCAAGGAAAACAAGGAGCUGAAGAGGGAGCUGCAUAAUUAUUGCCAGUGCUUGAAUUGUCCAAUGCCUCAGACGCAGUUCAACGCCGAGUUGAAUACGAACAAAACGGCGCCGAAGAGCAAAUCGUUUAAUGUCACCGACGGCAUUAAGGAAUUGAGGAAAUUCUCCAUGCACGGUAUCAAUUUGGUGUAGGUACAGAUGAAAAGCCAAUUUUAGAUUGGGUUUGUUUUAUGUAAAAUUAUGGUAGUUUAUUUUUGUUUUAUUAUAGUUUGUCGUAAUGGUGCAUUUUGAAUUAAU